GAGAGUCGGUGGAACCAAAAGGAAAGCCAACGGUCAUGAGAUUUGAAAAUGCAAGGUCUUAAUUUUCCAAACAAAUGCCUUUUUUUCUCCCCUAGGAUUCCCAGCUCCCUUGCUUUUUGCUUUUGAAAAUACAAGUGUCGGCUGUCAUAUACUCCUUGUGUCAUCUUCUUCUCUGAACUCAAACUGAUACUUCAUUUCCAACCAUGAAGUUGGCAAAAGCCAUCAAGAAGCUCAAGUUCUGGUCAAGAAAAAAGAAGAAAAACAAGUACUACAUCAAAGAGCAUAACCCUCCGCCGCCAACCUUCCACUACUAUCACUCCUGGGUCCCGGUCCAGCCCUCGGCUCCGCCCUUGCCCCCGUGGUUGGACAACGAGCAGGACCAAUAUUCGCACUUUGGUCAAGAUUCGGGCAUGGCCAGCUCGAGUCGAGCUGAAUUCAGUAGUACCCAAGAAGAAAUAGCUCCCGAUUUGAAUUCGAUGUACUCGAUUUCAGCCUCCGAUGUCGGCAAUGACACAUCUUAUCAGCAGUACAUGGUUUCAACUCCAGUUUAUGGCGUUCCUGUUUUGCCUGCAGUUAGAAGAAGAGAAAAGGCAGCCGGAUUUUUUGGGUGUUUUGUUGGCAUUGGCAGGCAUUUGAUCCGCUGCUUUUUUCCAUGUUUCCACGUAAGAGAGUGAACUGAGAAAGCAUUGAGAAACCCAGAUCUCUCUCUCUCUCUCUCUCUCUCUCUCUCUCUCUCUCUCUCCAUAUAUAUGCAAAUACAGACCUUCGGAAAAGAUAGCUCAGUGCACGAAGCUCUGACCAUCGCGGGUCUUGGGACGUAGGGAAGGAUCAAUUUCAAUGGUUUUUUUGGAUGCAAUAAUAGUGUAAAGUUUGUGCAUGCUGUAACAUUGGAAUGAGUUUGUUUUUUUCCCAGAAUAUUAUGUAGAUGUGUGAGCAAUUAGGUAAUUUUGGAAAGUUGUAGUAUUUCAUUGCCAUUUUGCGGAUCAGCAAGUGUCCUUUUCAGAUC